UUUCAUUGCUGCAAUUUUCAACUUUUAUGUUGGAUGACUAAUUAUAAACAAUGUUUAGUAAACUCAAAAUUUUGUGUUUGAUUUUUAGUAUCUAGCUUCUGUUCUGCUUCUACUUCUGGGGGUCUCUAUUAUUGGAGUACCAAGCUUGCUGGCCCAAAAUGGUCACCAUUUGCUUCAUGGAUAACUGGCUGCCACAUGUUGACUUGGGAUUAAAAGUACUUGGUGCAAAUGCUAUGUCCAUUCCUAGCCUAUAUAGGUUUGUCCAGGAAAUGAUUAAAGAUCAAGUUCCAAACAUGUAUUUAUGGCUCAAAUCUCUAGAAGUACAAAGUAUGGAUCCAACAAAGUAACGAUCUGAGCCCAAGGUAAGGCAUCUAGGACACUUAGCCGGUGGUGCUUUAACCAAUGCAUUGGGUGCUGGAAGAAAAUGGUUUGUGGAAAUUAUGGCUCCUGUCUUUUCUUGAAAAGCUUGGCGGUGUGUAUGGCACAUGAUUCAGAAAGAACAUUGAAGUAUCCAAUUAGAGAAUAUUCACUCUACUUGCUUGGACACAGAUUAUAUGUAGAACGUGGGAUGCAAGAAAGCCAUGUCUCUGUGUUGAAGUACACAUUGUUCUGGAUACUAGUACUAUUGAGCAGAUUUUCUUUCAACUACUGGUUUGAGAAUUUAGAGUUCUGGAAUCAAUUCUUCCUCACAUACUUUUUGAUCAUUGAGAAUGAUAUAUUUGUUAUCUUGAUACAUUUCACAAGCCUUAUUUUAAGUUGCAUGUUUUGUUGCUUUAGUCGUUGUUUUGCAUGGUAGUAUAUCUUGCUAUACCCUGCUGUUUCGUCAAGUUUUGCAGUUA